AGAUAUAAUGAAUGCUUCAUUGUCUACUGGUUUGUGUUUGUAUUUAGAUAAAGACAUAAGAAAAAUUGUGUUGCCGCAAAGAAAAGCUCUUAUUCUUAGUUUCUUACCAGUGGGGUCAUUGUAUCAUUUAACGUCUCGCCUAGCUUUCUCAGCUGCUCCUACUUCCACUAGCUGUGUGGUCAUCUUCUAUUCUCGAAUACCUAAAACUGUUUUUGUGAUCGAAACUUGGUGGCCUGGUGAAGCCACAUGGACCACCCAUCGCUUUAAGAACUCUGUUCUUCGCAGGUGGGAGAAAUGUGUCUUCUCCAAUGGUGUGUUCUACUUUCUCAGUACUUGUGGCUACCUUGGUGUUUUCCACCCGUGUGAAGCAACAUGGAAUCUUCUUCCAGUGAGCCCAUUUCUUUUCACAGAGCUGGAUUCUCCAGUGUUCAUCAUGGAGCAUGAAGGAGACAUCUUUGUUAUGUGUUCACGCCUCAACAGCAACCAUAUGGUGUUUAAACUAAACAUGAAACAAAAUGUAUGGGAAGAGAAGAGAGAUCUUGGAGGCUUGACAGUAUUUGCAAGUGUCCCUGGCUCUUUUAUAAGAGCUUGUCUCUCCCCGGAGGAGAUGAACAGAAUAUAUCCUUCGUUUACUGAUUUUUAUUUGAUUUAUGGCACAAUCUCUCAUCUCCCUCCAAGAACCAAUUUGUCUGGCAGCGUUGCUUGGGUAGAGCCACCUCAGAACUACUUGGAUUUGUUGCGACUUUGUCAUCCCUUUUACUUUUUUUUUUUCUUUUUGUAA